UUUAAAUAUUUUGUUUGUGAAAUUGUGACUCAUCUGGCCAUAAGUAAUUAAUAAUAUUUUUUAAUUCUUGGAUCAUCUUGUAAGAUUUUCCCUUUUUUACAUCCCUUCUUUAUACUGUACAGGUCAUAGACCUCCUUUUUUUUGUGUAAAAAGUUUUUAUAAAGCCGUCAAACUGGGGAACGAAAUGUCUUCGUCUGCUAUGGAGAAGCAUCUAUUUAAUUUAAAAUUUGCUGUAAAAGAGCUAGAGCGUAAUUCAAAAAAAUGCGAAAAAGAAGAAAAAAUGGAGAAAGAAAAGGCGAAAAAAGCUAUUCAGAAAGGUAACAUGGAGGGAGCAAGGAUACACGCUGAAAAUGCAAUACGACAGAAGAAUCAAGCAUUGAAUUAUUUACGAAUGUCUGCUAGAGUUGAUGCCGUAUCUAGCAGAGUGCAAACAGCAUUAACAACAAGGAAGGUAACAACUUCCAUGGCAGGUGUUGUCAAAGCGAUGGAUGCAGCAAUGAAAUCAAUGAACCUAGAGAAGAUAUCUAAUCUAAUGGACAAGUUUGAGAGUCAGUUUGAAGAUUUGGAUGUACAGUCCUCAUAUAUGGAAAAUGCAAUGUCACAAACAACAACCACUACAGUGCCCCAGGGUGAUGUUGAUACACUGUUGCAGCAAGUAGCUGAUGAGGCUGGAUUGGAACUCAACAUGGAGUUACCGUCAGGAGUGCCCAGUACGUCCAUUGGCACAGCUACAGUGGUGUCACAAGAACAAGACGAGCUCACACAGAGACUCGCCAGGUUAAGACAGGCUGAAUAAUAUUUAAUGUACACUUUAUAACUUUCCAUUUCAUGUGAUACUGGCAAUUAAUGGUUGAAAACGGAUUAUUAUUUUGAAUUGGUUUACUUGUUUUUACCAAUAAUGUACAUGAUAUUAAUGUCUCUUUAUUUGUUGUUUAAAGUUUACUCAUCCAGUUUUCAAGAAAAUAUUUCUACAUAGAUUGAACUAUAAGAAAGUAUGCUAUCACAUUUUAGAAUGUAUACUGAAUGUAACUGAUAAAUGCAAGAUGAGUAUAAAAUUAUAUGUUAUAUAACGGUA